AUGUCUCAUCUUCAGUAUUUCUCCUACAAAGGCGUUGGCGAGAAGAACCGCCAAAAGUUCAGAUAUAGCCAAGCAGUGCGAAUCGGCGACCGGAUUGAGUGCGCAGGCCAAGGUGGCUGGAACCGUGAAACAGGCGAAUUCUAUAAGGAAAUCAAUGCGCAGAUCGACCAGGCAUUCGCAAAUGUCGAACAUAACCUCCAAGACGCCGGUGGGGAGGGUUGGAAUCAGGUGUUUCGUGUCAAUUCUUACCAUGUGCCUAUCAAUGAUGAGGCAUUAGCUGCUAUGGUGCGCAAUUUUGAGAAAUACAUGCCUGGCCAUCAACCUAUUUGGACUUGCGUUGGAGUUCCUCGUCUAGGAGAGGAUGAUAUGCGUGUGGAAAUUGAAGUGGUGGCCCAUGUACCUAAUUGA